UACAUAUGUAUUUGUAAGAAUCUAGUCAUUCACCAACAAGCCUCUAAAAUAGCCCAGCCAAAUCCUAAACAAAAAUUUUAAUCUCCAUUUUGAACGCAAUCCGUCGUCGUUUCGAAUACAUUCUUGCAAAAUGGACAUGAACUUUCAGUACCAGAAGGAUCACACCUUCGAGAAGCGCCGCAACGAGGGUGACAAGGUCCGUCGCCGCUAUCCUGACCGUGUUCCCGUCAUCGUGGAGAAGGCCCCCAAGACGCGCCACCCAGAUCUGGACAAGAAGAAGUACCUGGUGCCUGCUGACCUGACUGUGGGACAGUUCUACUUUCUCAUUCGCAAACGUAUCAAGCUGAGCCCCGACGCUGCUCUCUUCUUCUUUGUGAACAACGUGAUUCCCCCGACAUCGGCCACCAUGGGAUCGCUCUACCAGGAGCACCGCGACAAGGACUACUUCCUGUACAUGUCCUACUCCGAUGAGAAUGUCUAGAGACGUCAAUGUUACGUUUCUAUCUGUCGUUUUGUCACUUUUUUGGCAUUUUUAAGUUCAUCAAUAAAAUAAUUGUUCAUCAA